UUCGCUACAGUCUCAGCUGAGCAGCGUGGUAGAAUAGAUCGCUAUUCCCUCGGGAUCGCGCAAUUUGAUUCGGAUUCAAAACUGUUCAUUAGAUAUUCCGCUAUCGAACUGAGUGUUUAUAAAUAUUUAUCAAAAGUGAACAAUACAUGCUGUAUUUUGAAGUAUUCAAAAAAUCUGUCGUGUACUAAGUUAUAUCAGUGAUUCUAAACAGAAAGUAAUAAUGCUGCUGAAAAAGCUUCCGUUAUCAGCUGCAGCGUCAACUUCGGGUAAUGUCAUCCGAAGAUGCCUUUCAACGCAAACUAGUACUAGUUUGCAGGAAAGUCCUGAACUACCAAAAACCAACCAAGAAUGCAAUGUCUACGAUAAACAUAGCUACGAGAAAAUAACCUCAAUGCGCAAGAAGUAUCUCACCCCGAACGUAACAUCCUACUACAAAAAGCCACUGCUUAUUCAUAAGGGAAACAUGCAGUGGCUGUUCGAUCACGAAGGGCGCCGAUAUUUGGACAUGUUCGGAGGAAUUGUCACUGUAUCUGUUGGACACUGCCAUCCGAAAGUCAAUGCAGCAUUGGAAGAGCAGAUGAAUAAUCUAUGGCACACCACCAACAUCUACAUGCAUCCGAAAGUUCACGAGUACGCCGAAAAAUUGCUAUCGAAACUUCCAGCGGAUUUGGACAAUGUGUACUUUGUGAAUUCCGGCUCCGAGGCCAAUGAUUUGGCAAUGUUGAUGGCACGAUUGUACACCGGAAACAAUGAAAUUAUCAGUUUUCGUAACUGUGGUGCUUCACCAUCGAUGGGUCUGACUGCUUCCACGUGGAUACCCUUGCCUGGUGUUAGUAACGGCAUAGUCCACGCUAUGAACCCUGAUCCAUACACAGGAUCUGGGGUGGUAGAAAUAAAAGUUCGCCGGUUCAAACGACGCGUCACUGGCGUGCCCGCGGAUCAAUGCGCCAGUGCGCGGUAUUACGAACAGUUGGAAGAUCUUCAAGUAUUCGUUACCACGAGGUAAGGUAGCACUAUGUUCGCCGAGUCAACAGGAGUUGGUGGAACCGUUCAAUAUCCCAGAGGAUAUAUCAAAAAAGCGGCGGAGUUGGUGCGCGCCAACGGAGGUCUCUUUGUGGCGGAUGAAGUACAGUCUGGAUUCGCCCGAACGGGUGAGCACUAUUGGGGCUUCGAGAGUCACGACAUUGUGCCCGACAUCGUAACGAUGGCUAAGGGCAUUGGAAAUGGAUUCCCGAUUGGAGCAGUGGUUACCUCACGCAAAGUCGCGGAAACAUUAUCGCAAGCGUUGCACUUCAAUACAUAUGGGGGAAACGCACUAGCUAGUGCGGUUGGUAUUGCCGUGUUGGAUGUAAUUGACGAAGAAGGGUUGCAACAGAAUGCUCGGAAUGUUGGAACGUACCUACUCAAAGGAUUAGAUAAACUAAGGGACAAAUAUGAUGUCAUCGGAGAUGUUCGAGGAAUGGGACUAAUGAUCGGCGUUGAACUAGUAGCUGAUAAGGUGACACGCCAGCACCUCAGCGCGCCACACUUCGUUGAAAUUUGGGAGAUGUGCAAGGAUAUGGGCGUUUUGUUUGGAAGAGGCGGUCUUAACGCUAAUGUAUUAAGGUUGAAACCUCCUAUGUGUGUCAAUAUGUCGGAUGCGGAGUAUGCACUGACCGUGAUUGACUUUGCCUGUCAAGCUUACCAAAAUAAGCGAAAGCGUGGCUGCAGAAAAUGUUGAUAUCGAUCCAGCAGAUAUUAUAAUCAUAAAUUCUGUGAUUUUAUAUGUAUAUUUUUUUUAUUAUAUGUGAUUUUAUAUGUAUAAUUUUACAAAUGUUUAAAACCAUUCCUUUUUCAUUCUGUGAUUCACGAUUAUAAUGCAUGAACCAAUUUUAGAGUAACAUGACUGCAUUCCAAAUACAGACAUUUCUAAAAUAUAAGAUGUUUUAUAACUAAAUAUAAGUUUUAAAAUAGUUA